AUGGCAGAAGCUUUGGUCAUAGUAGUUCUUCAAAAGAUUACCUCUGCACUUGGAGAAGAGGGUUUGAAAAUUAUCGGUUUGAAGUUACAGAAGCAGGUACCUGACAUGCAAGAUGUAAUCAACAGAAUGAGGCUACUCCAAAGUGAUUUGUCGAUGAUGCAAGCAUUCAUAAAUCAAGUAGAUGCUCACAGUUCCAGUGAUAAGUUACUGGAGGCCUGGCUGGAACAGGUAAGACAAGCAGCACAUGAAGCUGAGGACAUUGUUGAUGAGUACGUUUAUCUUGUUGGCCAAAUGGAAGGAACAAACAGCUUCCUAAAGAGAGCAUUGAACCAAGCAGCAGAUGUUAAAAGAUGGCGCAAGCUUGCAGCACAUGCUAAAUUCGUGGAGGAUUGUCUUAAAAAGAUCACUGAGACAAAAAACAGGUUUGAUGUAUCAGCAGCCGACAAUAGGAGAGAUAAUGCAUUGAGUUAUUCUAGCAGACUCCAACAUCUGUCUGAACACUCGUACCUGAAUGAUGAUGAUGAUUUUGUGGGGAACAAGGAAGAGGUGAAGUGCUUAACAGAAUGGCUAUCUGAUUUGAGGAAAGGCCGCACUGUUAUCUCCAUAUGUGGAAUGGGAGGAUUAGGUAAGACAACAAUUGCUAGUAGCAUAUACAAGAAGGAAGAAACUAAAAGAAUGUUUAUCUGCCGUGCAUGGAUCUCAGUAUCUCAAAGUUACAGGGUUAAAGAUCUCCUCCAAAAAAUCCUACUGCAGCUUAUGGCAAAAAGUGAGAAUAUUCCAGAUGGGCUUGACACUAUGGAUUGCGUGAAUCUAGUUGAACUACUUAGAAGAUAUCUUAAGGACAGGAGAUACUUGAUUGUGUUGGAUGAUGUAUGGAGUAGGGACUCUUGGCCUUUACUAGAUAGUGCAUUUGUGAAGAAUGACAACGGGAGCCGAAUCAUUAUCACGACUCGAAUCCAAGAUGUGUCCUCCGUGGCUGAUUCAAACCGUGAAAUGAAGCUUAGUUUACUACCGAAGGAGGAAGCAUGGACUCUUUUCUGUCAAAAGGCCUUCUCAAGAUUAGAUGAUAGAAGUUGCCCCAUCAGCCUUAAGACCUGUGCUGAAAGAAUUGUAGGUAAGUGCCAAGGUUUGCCAUUGGCUCUUGUUGCUUUAGGAAGUCUUCUAUCCUACAAAGAAAUGGAUGAGCAUGAGUGGGAAUUGUUCUAUAGACAACUUAGGUGGCAGCUGAGUAGCAACCCAGAGCUGAGCUGGGUUGCUAGCGUUCUAAAUCUCAGUUACAACGAUCUCCCUAGUUACUUGAAGAACUGUUUUCUUUACUGUGGUCUGUUCCCUGAAGACUAUCAGAUAAAACGGAAACAGCUAAUCAGACUCUGGAUAGCUGAAGGUUUUGUUGAGGAUAGAGGACCCGAGGUGACACUGGCAGAUGUAGCUGCAUGUUACCUGAAGGAGCUAACUGAUCGUUCAUUGCUUCAAGUUGUUGACAGGAAUGAAUAUGGAAGGCCAAAGAGGUUUCAGAUGCAUGACCUUGUGAGGGAGAUAUCUCUAACAAUAUCCAAGAAGGAAAAGUUUGCUACAACGUGUGACUAUCCUAACCCAGACUGCAAUUCUGAUAGAUCUCGUCGAGUUUCCAUACAGAAGGAUGGUAUUCUGAUGCCAGUGAAAAUUUCUGCACAGCUCAGGUCCAUCAUCGUGUUUGUGGAGGAAGAGAUACCGAGAUCUAUUGCGAAGCUUAGCAAUCUGCAAACGCUGUAUCUCAAGGGUUCUGUACUCGAGUUGCCAAGUGAAGUAACUAUGUUAACAAAGCUUCAACACCUAAUUAUAGAUGUUGGAAGGUUUGGAAGUUCAGCAAGUAACAAAAUAUGUCGGCAGGAACAUCUGCAGACCCUGAAAUACAUAGAAGCCAACAGCUGCGUUGUUAGAAAUCUUGGAUGCUUGACUAGGAUGAGAAGCCUUGGCAUUAGGAAGGUGCUAGAUUCCUACAACACAGAUUUGUGGACUUCAGUAAGCAAUAUGAAAACUUUGGCUUCAUUGUCUGUGAUUACUGCUGAUCGCGACAGAGAUAUUCUUGAUCUGUCAGACUUGAAACCGUUACCAUACCUGGAGAAGCUUAUGUUAAGCGGCAGGCUAGAUAAAGGAGCUAUUCCUCCUCCAUUUGGCCACUUCCCCAAACUGAAAAGCUUACGGCUUUGCUUUUCUGGGCUCCAUGAAGACCCACUUGCUUUGCUUGCUGUGAUGUUUCAGAAUCUAGGCCACCUUAACCUGUACCGGUGCUAUGACGGCACGAGGCUGACAUUUCGUGCCAGGUGGUUCCCUAUGCUCAAGCACCUCUACUUGAGCUCCAUGGGUGAGUUGAAGGUGGUUGAGAUUGAGGACGGCACCUUGAGAACCUUGCGUCGGCUAGAGCUCUGGGGCUUGAAAAGCUUGACGUCAGUACCAGAGGGCCUUGUACACCUUAAAUCAGUCCAACAGCUGUGCAUCGGCUCGAUGAUGCCUGAAGAGUUCAAAACAAGGUUAGAAGGACGAGAUCGAUGGAUUGUUGAACAUAUCCCCUACAUUGGAGAUCCGUGA